AUGAUGGAAGGUUCACACACUGUCCGUAUGAAUAGACCACCUGAACUAUCUGAAUACUCCAUAAAGGAAGAUAAUUCUACUUCGUCUUCCGAUAAUGAUUAUGAGAACCAGACAGCUGAUAAGCCCGUUUCUCAUGGUAUUCACGGGUUCAGCAACAUUUUGGGGUUUAGCAGAUCUAAAAGUUCGUCUUCAAUGAAUGAACAUAGAGGUUGGAAUAUAUUUCGAAGAGAACGAACUCCAACUCCUGCAAAUAAACUGGCUUUAGAUGAUAAAGAAGAUCGAGCUUAUGAUCCAAAGGAAGUGAGCUGGUGGAGCAAAUCCAUCCAUAGAUCUAGACCAAACACUGAACCUACCAAUAAUGUCAAUCUUUUUGACGAAGCUAUUUCGCCGGAGGAAAAACUUCUUCUUUCAGCUAAUGAUAGGUUAGAAGCGAUGUUACAAGAUUCCUUUGAAAAUGUUGUUGAUAAUAGUGCCAGCCCCACCAAAAAAGAUGAUCCUAUUGAAACGAGUGACUCGGAUACUACUGACAUGGAUUCUUUGCGUGAAGCUUCAAGAAUCAUAAAAUCAAAAGUUCAAACGAUUGACAAUGAUAGCCCAGAAACGCCUCCAAAUGAACCAGCCAUGAAAGUACAUUUCAAACCUUCAAAUCAUGAAAUUUCUAUUUAUGAUUAUGUGUAUGAAUCUCCAAAUGCAAAAAACUCCAAGAACAUAGAUUUAAUGAUGGUGGAUACAAAUUCUGUGACGUUUGGUAAGUUUCAACGAAUUGCUUCAUGUUUGAAAACGGGCUGUGAUCCUUUGAGAUCAGAUCAAUCAAUUGUAGCUCUAUGCGAUUAUAUUUUAACCCUUUCAAAAGAAUGCAAUGCAAAGCUUUGUACUCUCGAAAGCACUAAGGAACAGGAAGAUGAAGAUAUAAAGUUCAAACUUGCGCAAACCGAAGAUCUAAAAGCUCGAUUAGAAGAUAUCACAAAUAAAUACGUUAAAAAUACUAAAGAAAUCGAUAAUGUGAAGGCAGAGAAUAACAAUCUUAAACUGAAAUUGAAGGAAGUUAUCGAAUUCAACAAUAUUUGCAAACAGUUCUUUGUUGAAUAUAAGGGCCAAAUUGCGUUGUUGAGUGAACAAAUCAAUAACGAGGUUACUAAAAACGAAACUUUAAAAGAGAAACAGGAAAGAAUUUCCAAGAACUAUGAAUCUGAAAAAUCACGGAAUAUGGAACUUUCAGAAAGUUUGGCUGUCUCUCAAGGUGUUUUACAGGAUAUGGAGAAAAAAUAUUUAGAAAACAUCAAUAAGACGACUGGUCCCGAGAUUGUACAGGACUUAUCAUGCUCACAUGCUGAGAAUUUGGACCUCAAAACUAAAAUUGAAAAAAUUACCAAAGGAAAUAGCAGGUUAGUGAAAGAUUGCCAAAGGGAGCGUAAGAAGGUAUUGGAUUUGCGUAAGCAGAAGGGACUAACAAGUAAAUACGUUGAUGGGAUUCUAGCUUUUCAAAAUUACUGCAUUCAGUUUUUAACUCAAUACAUCAUGUCUUUCAAAUCCGCUAUUGAUUUAGCUGAUCUCCUGCAUGUCGAACAGCAAUUAUUCCAAGUUUCAAGUUUUAACCCUCUCUCUUACAGAAACCUUGAAUAUCAUUCCGAAAGGGACCUUUUGGCGCAUUUGCAAUCUUUCGAAUCGGAUUCGAACGAGUUGUUCCAAAAUCUCAGCAAUAACAUCCUUGUACAAACAUUCAAGAAGUAUACGAUAGAACAAAACGCCAACAAAUUCCUCACUUCUCAGCUUCAAGUAUUGCGAAAAGAAUCUGCAGAUAAAGAUCGGUAUAUCGAAGCAAUCUUACAAGAAACAAAUAGUUUGAAACUGAAAUUAAGGGAAAAAUGA